AUGUCCUCUUCCUACCGGAACCCGUCUCGGGCCUCUCGAAUUCCUGAUCACCGCCCGCAGACGCCUCCCCGGUACCGCAUCGGCGGCGAGUCGGUUUCGACCAAAGGCCGCCAGCUCGCCCGACCCUCCUUUCCUGAAACGUUUCUCGACGACCUCACACCAAUUGACCAUAAUGACACUCGCGAUGUGGACUCUGCCGAUGAAGACGAGCGGGAUCCACACGACCUGUCGUUGAAUCCUGCUCACGGCGUGCGCUCGUCGGUCGUAGAUAAUAUGCUGCUGUCUCUCGACCGGUUCUCCGCCCCAGACGCAGCCAAUUGUGCCUUCGACGACAGCCUCCCUUACGACUCGCCGCACCAGCAGCAGGAAUCAUUCUCUAACAACUAUCCUCGCUAUCACCCGCCCAGCAGUAAUAACCGGUAUCGGUCUCACACCCUCUCGUCGUCGGUCUCGUCAGACGUCGAGCCGUACACUCACAAGGACGGCCAUCACCACGGAUCGAACGGCAGAGGAUAUCGCAGCAACAGCAAUCCGAACAAGCAGCCCACGAUCCGUCACGUCGAUGGUGGGCCCGAAGGAGGAGAACGGCUGAGCUACAGGAGUAAAGUGUACGAUUCACAGCGAGCUGUCUGCUCCAAUGACCGCAUCGCCCAAAGUCGGACAACCCCUCGCUUUGUAAGGAGAGACAGCACCGGCAGCACGGGCUCGAGCGUUGAUCUAAACGAGAUGCUCGCAACGACUUCAAUCUACGGAGCACGAAGAUCGGCCAGCUUCGACUACGGUUCGACCUUCCCGUCACGAGCCAAUGGGAGAGAUCCACCUUUUGGUCACCGUGAUACCAUGAUGCAGUACGAUGAUAUGAACGCUGCACCGACUCCGACGGUCCCAGCGGGACCCAGGAGAAACCACUCUCCUCCCACCAUGAUUGACCAUGCCAGCAACCUUCAUACUCCCACUCCCCCAGGCUCCUCCUCCCGAGCCCCGGCCCUGGUCCGCAAGAACAGUGCAAAGUCCGCGCGAAGCAUGUACUCUAGGAAAAAUAAGAGUGAUACGCUGGGCACUUCUACCAUCCGGGGUCGAAAUGACGAGUAUAAUAAAUAUUUUGGAGACGUUCAAAAUGCCAUCCCUCCCGUGCCCUCUUUAGCCCAGACAACGGCCCCCAGCCCUACCAUUGCCCGUACCAAGCAGUUACAUCCUAAUACUUUCCCCCUUGAGAACAUUAGCACACCCCCGGCAAAGGAGCGCCAGGGAUUCUUCAGACGAGUCUUCGGCUCUUCAAAGCAAUCCUCCCCCUCACAGUCGGAAAUGAGCCCUCACUCCUCACGGGAUGUCGAGAGUUCCGAGCCCUCAAGAUACGAUAACGUUUCAAAUAACCCGAAGACCGCCAAACAACCCCAAAAGGACUCGUCAUCAGCCGCCAAUAAUGCCGGCCGCGAGAACCCACCAGCCGUGACGAAGAAGCCGUCAUCUUUCUUCCGCCGACGCAAGAAAUCCGUCAUUGACAAUGUCCCGCCGCCCCUCCUGCUCCCACACUCCAACCUCAGCUCCACAGAGACGUCCAAAGCAGACCCUAUGAGGACCGAGAAAAUGAAAAUCAACACAGCUCCCGAAUCUCUUCGCACCGACAGCCUCAGUAAGGCUAUGAAACCGUAUCUCUCAGACAUGGACUCGCCGGAUGUUUACUACAAAGGCGGCAAGCCACGCGACCAGCAGGAAACUGACGACUCUGAUGCCGAAUCCCCCGUUGGAAGAGAUUACCUUCAACUCACGGGAUCCAAGCCUAAAACUACUAGGAAGCUCCAGCGGCCUAGUCAUUUGUCCAGACCUCAAUCUCCUGCCCGCACGAUGGGUGGAGCGAGUGGAACGAAAUCUAGCAGCCGUUCAAACAGUAAAACUAACGACUUUGAUAGUUCAUUCCUAGCAGACAGCAGUGGGAACGAGGGACUAGGCGCGAAACUUGCAGAGGACAAAAAAUUGCGUAGACCGCGCACCAGUCCUGACGCCUCGACGCAAAAUUCAUAUAACUCUACUCUCAAACCUAAGCGCGAACCCGUCCUUUCUGAUCGUGCAAAUGGCGGGAAAUCCCAACCGCAAACACCCCGCGAAUCGAAGCCUAGCUCCUUACUUGACCCCGCUGUUUCUCCGGUGCCGUCAAAGAGGAGUCUACAAACAUCGGCCCCGGCCAGUCCAAAUGAUUUUGAUGCCAGCCAUUCCCGACAAAAACAACCUGGACUCCAUAUUGACACAUCCGGAAGAUCCAUAUUCUCCACGGAAAAUAAAGACAAAUCACCUCGGAUAUCAACCUCAACUUCGAACGCAUCUCACUAUCACACUGCUCAAAGUACACCUAUUCAUCCUGGCAGUGACGAAAACCUUAUUUGGGGCAGUUCUACAACUGCACCACCACAGAGCAGUGUAGAUACCAUCGAGGACGGCCUUGCGAGUAUUGAUGAAAACAUGCCUAGCCCUGAAGAUAGACAGCAGGCUCAGAAACUCUUUGAUCAUCUAGAUGAGGAGAUGGUUGCUGGGCGGUAUACAGCCGCUUGGCUUGGAACGCCCAACAGGGGACCACUUCGAAGGGCUUAUAUGGACCUCUUUGAUUGGUCUGACAUGAAUAUCCUUGUAUCUCUAAGGAGUUUAUGUUCUAAGAUUGUAUUGAAGGGCGAGGCACAGCAGGUGGAUAGAGUGCUGGAUGCAUUCUCGUUGAGAUGGUGUGACUGUAACCCCAACCAUGGCUUCAAAGCAUCAGAUGUCGUCCACACCAUAUGCUACUCCCUACUAUUGCUUAAUACCGAUCUCCAUCUUGCAGAUAUUGAACAAAAGAUGACCAAGCCACAGUUCAUUCGAAAUACUAUCCCUACCAUCCAACGAGUCGUGGCGGAAGCUGCCCCAGAAGCCUUCAAAGCACCACUACCAUCAAGACCUCAGAGCAACCAGGCGGCAGAACCCGAAAGGUCAUGUUUGUCUAAACCUCCUAAGCUCACUCUGGAAAAACAGCACAGCCAGUCUCCUACUAGUACAGAGAAACCUGAAGAAUUGACUACUAUGGAUAUUCCAACCAUCGAAACCCCCACCAUGCCACCCCCUCGACUCUCAAGCCGCGCCUCGUACCUCGAUACAGGCCAUGGACAUGCAGCUCUGGCUGGUCCGCUUGUGUCGACUCCGUUUAACGGGACCAUGAAAGCAUGGGAGGCCCAAAUGGAGGCUGUCCUCAAAGACUUUUAUACCUCGAUUCAGAAACAGAAACUCCCGCUUAGAGGUGUUACUGUAGAAAGUGAAGAGAACAUUCCAUCUUCUGGUGGAUUCCUUACACUUACUUCCAAUAUGCUUCGAAGAACUCCAAGCACGAUCAGCAGGGCAGGUACAGGAGAUAUAUAUCGGGGACGUGGUGCCGAGAACCGCCUAAACACCGCUCGAUGGUCCUCGAAACCUAGGUCCCGCCCACGUCUUUACCCACCAUCAGCAAUGGGCUCGAGUCGUACAAGUUUGGACGACCAGUCAUCAGUCUGGUCACCGUCUGGAUCUAGCACCUGGAGCAAAAAUUCACUGGGGAAGACAUUGACAUCGUUAUCAGUUGACUCUCUAGGGUCCGAAUACCCCCGAGGUGACUAUCAGCAAUCGAUCGGAUUUGCAAACGCUCUUAGCCAUGCAAUCAUCCGUGAAGACUCGUCUCAUUCGAUAGCACCUUCAGAAGACCCGGCGCGUGUUGCAAUGGUUUUAGAAGACGAGUCUCUUGAACUUGCAGGUGCUCCAUGGGCAAAGGAAGGUAGUUUGAAACACAAACACCAUCUUGACUCGAUCGACAAGCGUGCAAAGGAUAGAAACUGGAACGAGACCUUUGCCGUGAUCCAACGUGGUUGGAUGCGCCUGUUCUCAUUCAAUUCAAAUAACAAGUCCACGCGUUUGAAGCCCAAACAACGCCAGAAUGGAGGCAUCGUGGUUGGAGGCGGCAACUGGAUGGAAAACGCAGAUGAAACCUGGAAGUUCCUUCUUCGACAUACCAUUGCCAGUGCCCUUCCCGCUCCAGGAUAUUCGAAAUCCCGCCCUCACGUAUGGGCUCUCAGUCUGCCCACCGGCGCUGUACACUUAUUCCAAGUGGGCACAGCAGAUAUUGUGAAGGAAUUUGUCUCCACCGCAAACUACUGGAGCGCGCGUCUUUCUAAAGGACCCCUAUUCGGCGCCGUCAGCAAUAUUGAAUACGGCUGGAGUGACGCUGUCAUCAACACCGCAACUACUAGUAUCGACGACUCUAAUAUCCCGACCAGCGCUCCAUCGACGAGCUCCUCGGCACCUGCUCCCCGACCGAGUCUGCAAAGCUCCAUCCGCAGCUCUCUGGACCAACAGGGGGUCCGCCCGCGCCUCCCAGCCGACCGGAUCGUGCUCAGCGACUGGCGACCUCCACAGCAAAGCAUGAUGGCUUCCACGUCAUCCGAAUCUGAGCAGCUCGAAACCCUCCGCAGCUACGUGAAGCAUGUCGAGCAGGAACUCCAGCGCCACAACGAGCUCCGCGGCGCAGUCAUGUUGGCCUUUACGCCGAGACACGCGAAUUAUUCCAAGGCGCUGCAUAAUUGGGAGCGCAAGUCUUCUUAUCUCUUACGCGAGAUUGUCAAGUUCCGCACGUAUAUCGACAGCCUCGUGUGGGCAGAGACGCAGAGGGAGAGGUUCUACCUGGCCGACGCUGCUGCCACAAAGGAGGCCGAAUCGAACGCUGGAAACCCGGACCAUCUUGCCGUCUGA